CGGAUGACGGUACAAAUUUUGAAAUACAAGACAAGCGAAUACAUAUAUACAUACAUACCACAGUAGGUAUAUACUUACUUUGUUGAAAAACUUAAGCAAAAAAACAAAUUGUUGAUUAAUAAAAAAGUAAGAAAUAAGGAGCUGGCAAUAAAAAAGUCAAAUGAAAUGAAGUAGCUACUUAAAUAAAAAUUAACACAAAAACUUAUUUAAAGGGGAAUGAAUUUUCAUGUUAAUGCAAAGCAAUUGAAUAGUGAUGCGAAAGUGAUAUCGAAAAAAUUGCAAUUAUUUAUUUUGAAGUGCAAAAUCGUUAACAAAAUAAAUUGUCUUGCAGACAACAGGGUUUUGUAAUGGUGUGCGAAAACUAUUAGUGAAAUUAUCUUACAGUUGGUGAAAAUUAAAACUAUUGAAAUAAAAUUGUUGGUCCUUUUUGUGUUCAGUGGUUACAUAAAUUUCAGCCGUUCUACUAAUUUUCGUUUGACGCCAAACGACGCAGUAACGUUUGAGCUUUCAUUGCCUGCUGUUCAGUCGUAGUUGCUGUCGUUGUCGUUGUCAUCAUCCUCGCUGUCGUUCUUAACGGUCGCUUCCAAGUAGCCGUAUUGUGCACGCUAUUGCGUUCCUCACAGUAUAUAUAUAAAUAUUUGCAACCUACCCCUUGUGUGGCAAAACUGACCGUAUCACUUGUAAGCGCCCAUUCCAGAUAUUUGUAUGAAAUUGUAUCGCUCUUAGCGUUGUUGAUGUUGUUGUUAUUGUAAAUUUUGUGCACGAAACUCAAAUAAGUAAACAAAAAAUCCAAUAAUCUAACACCAAAGCAGACGUCUCCCCACACUUCAGAAGCAUAUUCGUACUCGUAUGUACUUGUAUAUAAAUUUUUAGAAAAUAUUCGAUGAUGUUUUUGAGAAAAAUUGAAAUCGUGUGUAAUUACUCUAAGCAUUGACACAAAAAAAAAAUAGUAACUAUUGGAAAGUGAGUAAAUUACUGUGCGUAAACAUUACUCACCAAAUCUAAGUCAAUUAUAGUGUUAAAAUUUGUUGCUCCGGUGUGUUGUGUAUACCACGCGGAAUAUUCGAAAAUUAUGUGAAUACGAAGUUUAUUUAUGUCUAUGAGAUAUUGGAAAAAAAAUUGAUUUUAAAGUGUGGUGCUUUGGACGUAAAAUAAAAAUAUUCACUGCAAUACUAGUACAUCUAUUUAUCUGGAAAAAAAUCGGCAUAUUAAACAGCUCUUUGGCGGACAGGGCGUAUGAGUUAUUUUGAAAUAGGCAAUUAAAGUAAACAAUAAAAUUAAUUAUUAUUGCAAUAAUUGCCACCAAAUACUUACUAACGUGGCCGAAAGACAACAACUAACCAAACAAACGAGUUCAACAACAAUUCCAGCAUAAACAAUGUUCGUUGCAGAUAGUAAAUUUUAUUUGAAAAGUGUUCUGAAAAUACAUCACACACACAUGCAAAUAAGACAGCACACAUACUCGUACACCUAAUCAUAUCAUAACUCUUCCAAAGGCAAUGCACUUUAGUUUUUUAAUGCAAAACUGAGCUUAAAAAAUUGUUUAUACCUAGCCCAGACUUCAAUGAAACUAAAAUGUGCCACAUUAUUUUUAAUAGUUCUUAGAGAUGAAAAGAUUGCAUAUAAAUGAAUAAAGUUAGUGAACCAAAUUGAAUUAUAUAGACCACCAUUAAUGCUUGAAUGUGUUGCUUUUUUUGGCUACGAUUUUUAUUGCUCUACCAUAAGAAAAACUUAGUGAGCAACUUGAUCUUUCAUUAAAAACUAUACAAUACAAACAAAUAUCAACAAAUCGUAAUCGCUCGUAAAUUUAUUGGCGCAUUGCAUUCUGCGUACUUUAAAUUCAAUAAAAUAAUUCAAAAAAAAUAAGAACUUCCCACACCCCAAACACACAUCCUUAAAUAACCAAUAUAUUCUAAAAAUUUAACAAAAUGUCGCGUGAAAACUCACCUCGCCACAGCAUACGACGGCGUCAUAACCAAUAUCUGCAACAACAACAGCAAAACCAACAGUCGCAUACUUUGCAACAAGCAGCAACGAAUUCGCAACAGCAGCCGCCCAUAAUGGAGCAUGUGGAGCAACUACAACAACAGCAACAAUCGCUUGGCGCUAACGUUGCUAGUGUGGGCAGUAGUGGUGGCGCUGGCGCUGGCAGCGAUGGCGGUGUUGCUGCUGCUGUGACGACUGCGGGCGGCGCGCCCAUGUCCAGCUCCACCACGAACAUUAGCACCGCCAUCGACGAUGGCAACGGCGAGAAUGCCACACUGCCGCCACUCACCGGCCCCGGACCGAGCAGACAGCGUUCGUUGCGCGACCGCCUCAAAGACGGCAUCACCGGCAGCUUCUCAUGGCAGUAA